CAGGUGGCACAUUUCGAUUUGCUUCAUACUAUGGCGAUCACAUGGUUCUGCAGCAGCAGCCGGCCCGUGCAGUCAUCUGGGGGUACGGAGAGCCGGGCGCCCAGGUGAUCGUUUCACUUAGACGAGAAUCAGAAACCAUCACAAAGACAGCCGGGAUCACCAUUAGUAAAUGUCCGCAGUCGGUGUGGAAAGUGCUGCUGCCCCCCAUGGUUUAUGGGGGCCCCUACCACCUAGUGGCCGAGCAAGUUACUGAGAAAGUGACCAGCAUCCAGCUGGAGGACGUCCUGUUCGGGGAUGUCUGGCUGUGCAGCGGACAGAGCAAUAUGGAGAUGACGGUAUUGCAGAUCUUCAAUGCCAGCGGUGAGCUAAAGAUGGCCUCCGAUUACCCGUAUGUGCGACUAUUCACGGCGGCCCUAGAACAGUCCGCGACCGAGCUCCAGGAUCUCAGCAAGGUGGACCUGCCGUGGUCCCUUCCGACCGCCGAAAACCUUGGACACGGUGACUUCACCUACUUCUCCGCCGUGUGCUGGGUGUUCGGGCGACUUUUGGCGCGCAAGCUGAAGUAUCCAAUAGGAUUGGUGGAAUCUUCUUGGGGAGGGACUCCGGUGGAGGCGUGGUCAUCGAAAACCGCUCUGAAAGAAUGCGGGCUCCCCAGCCAGACACCGAGAUUUCCUUUUUUCGACACGUUUGCCGGUCCGUGUGAUUACUCCGUCUUGUGGAACGCCAUGAUGCACCCGCUCCUCAACAUGACCAUUAAAGGAGCCAUAUGGUAUCAAGGGGAGCAGAACACUGGCAUGAACACGAAUCUCUAUAACUGCACCUUCCCGGCCCUCAUCUCAGACUGGAGACGUAGCUUCCACGAGGGCUCCCUCGGCCAGACGGACCCCACCUUCCCCUUCGGGUUUGUUCAGCUGUCCACAUUCCAGAAGUCCAAACAAAAAGACAACUACCCCGUGAUCCGCUGGCACCAGACGGCCGACUACGGCUACGUACCCAACUCGAAGAUGCCGAACACGUUCAUGGCUGCGGCCAUGGACCUCGGAGAUGAGAAGUCGCCGUACGGCAGCGUUCACCCGCGAGAUAAAGAGACGGUGGGGUACAGACUCUAUCUGGGGGCGCGCGCCAUCGCCUACGGCGAGAAAGACGUCCCGUUUCAGGGUCCGUAUCCAGUUCGUAUCGACGUCUAUUAUGAACACCGAUAUAUGAAUAUCACCUACGACCAGCAGAUCAUCCUCGGCGGCUCCUAUGACAACGUGUUCGAGUUAUAUUGCAGCAGUGCCUCCGGUGAAGGCUACGAGUGGGUUCCCGUCCCGUACUCCUCCCUGAUCGUAUACGCUCAAUCCGUCGCCAUGUCAUUCGGGGCAUGCCGUGACGUUCUAGGAGUCCGCUACGCCUGGGACGACUGGCCGUGUGAAUACAAGCGAUGUCCGAUCUACAGCAUCCAGAAACUCCCCGCUCCGCUCUUCCUGAGAUAUUUUACUCAUUGAAUCUUCCCCGUUUUUCU